AUGAGCGACUCCCGUUUUCAAGGGAGCGGCGCCUACGCCUGCGGCCUCGACGAGGUCGUGUUCCUGCCCUCAGGCCCCUGCGCGCACGACGGGGCGGUGGACCUGCGGAGCCGACUGUCGCGGAACGUGCCGCUGGGGCUGCCAGUGGUCGGAGGGCUGUCGGAGGCGGCGUCCAGCCCCGACGUGGCGGUGGCGCUGUCCCUCCAGGGGGGCGUCGGUGUCAUCCACAGGAACCAGCCAGUCCAGGCCCAGGCGGACAUGGUCCGGAGGGUGAAGGGGCACGAGAGCGGGUUCAUCAUGGACCCGCGCACGUUCAGCGGCAGGUGCACGGUGGCGGAGGCGGCGGCCAUGCGGGCCGAGUGCGGCAUCGGCACCUUCCCCGUCACGGAGAGCGGCCGGAUGGGAAGCAGGCUGCUUGGACUGGUCACGGCGCGCGACCUGGAGGCCUGCGCCGACGGCGGCGCCACCCUGGCGGACAUCAUGACGAGGGAGGUGACCUGCGUCACGGAGCCCACCACGCUGCGGGAGGCCACCGCCGCCAUGGUCGGAGCGAAGGUCGGGAAGCUGCCCAUCGUGAACGGGGACCGGGAGCUGCAGGCCCUGAUUUGCCAGGGCGACCUGCGGCGCAACGCCCUGCACCCCCUCGCCUCGCGGGACGCCAACAGGCACCUGCUGGUCGCCGCGGCCGUGGCCGCGGGCGAACCCGGGGGCCUGGAGCGCGCGAGCGCGCUCGUGGACGCGGGCGCAGACGUCCUGCUCCUGGACACGGACGGUGGUGUCGACGGGGAGACGGUGACCUUCCUCGGCAGGCUCAAGCAGGCCUUCGCGGGCGUCGACGUCGUCGCCGGCCGCGUCUCCUCGGGCGCCCAGGCGGCCCGGCUCCUCGCGGCCGGAGCAGAGGGGCUGCGCGUGGGCGGGGGCGGCGCUGGCGCCGACGCGGCACUGCUGCACGAGGUGGCGCGGCUCGCGCACGCCGCCGGCGUGCCCGUCCUCGCCGACUGCGGCGCGCGGGGCGCCGGCGACGCGCUGAAGGCGCUGUGCCUGGGCGCCGCGGCCGUGGCCAUCGACGGGCCCCUCGGCGGCGCCGAGCCGCGCUCCGCCUGGGCCACCGCCCCCGCGGGCCGGGCGGCGAGGCCGCCGGCGGGCGCCGAGCGGGCCCGCCGUGGGUCCUUGCGCGCGGGCGCGGGCGCGGGCGCGCGGGCACGCGGGCCGGGAGGCGCGGCGUCGGACAAGGGCUCGGUGGCGGACCUGGCCCCCGGGCCGUAA